CGCGUUUAGUUGCCCCGUUCAAUUUCACGAGAGUAUAACGCGCCAAGUUUUUAUAUUAUUUUCUCGUCUGUGUUUAUAUUUAAUAUAACAUACACGAUACUUACGAAUUGCAAAAAUAUUUUUAUGUAAAAUACGUCGCAGGCUCGACCUAUUGUUAUGUUUUUUUUCGUUGAGUGAUGCAUAUCUGUUUGUUUGUUUUUUAGUUUAUUUUUCAUUAUCUUUUAUCUGUCAGAUACUGCAGUAUCGAAUCUAGUGUGAUUUAUUAUUUUUAUAAGAAGAAAAAGUGACAGUGCGCGCGAAGCAAUAAUAAUAGUAACAAGUACGGCAUCGAAGUGAAUCGUCGUUGCAAACGCGACUCCGAAGACGACGGUGUAAUUUUUCUUCUCGCCGCACUGUGCCCGUUGUGUGUAUGUGAUAGUACAGCCGCGAAACGAGCGAAACUCCUGUCUCGCCAGGCGAAAUCCGCUGCUAUAUAUAUCCUGCCUACCUGCUGCUUUCACCUAUCCGGCAUUAUACGCUAUAUAGAUAUACAAUAUAGCUCGUCUAGCGCGCAGUUAUUACUCUAUAUACGUACAUAGAGGCAUAGAUAUUAUACACACUCGCACCCAUAUACACGCAAGGGGAGAGUAUAUACCACUAGGAGAGAGAGAGACACAGUUUCAGUUAAUGUGUGGCAUAUAUAAUGUAUACUAAAGGCAGCUCUCUCUCGAGUUGUUAAUAUAAAUGUAUAAUAGAAUAAAUGCCUUGUGUAUAUAAAUGUGUGCCGGUGACGCGCGCGAGACCCGCUGCGUGUGAUUAUGUGCGUUAAAUGUGAAUAUCUGCGGUGAAACACAACGUCAGCCCUCCCCGAGCGAAUCAGAAGCAAUUGCAGACAGCAGCAGCACAGCUGAUAUACAAUACAUAAUUUGGAGUGCACGUGCAUCGUUGAUGUACACUGCAUUAGAGGUGUGCAGCACUGCAGUGCCAGGACAAUAUACAUAAUAAUAAAAGUUCAACGCGCCUCGCGAGCCCUGUAAUCCAACGCUUCAGUCAAAAUGACGACAAACGUCGCGUCGUCAACGUCGAGGAUGGAAAUGACGCCGAAAUAAAGCUUGAGAGAUCAUACGAGUAUAGAUUAUACGAACACUGGACACUCCUUUCUCGAGCUUAAAUAUACACAUACAUUAACGUUCGUCAAAGCAUCGAAUUGAUGUGACUUUGAAAGCUACCCCCAAAAGUAGCGAAAACUUGAUAUUAUCGUCGUCAAGAAUCGUGCGAUUAAACCGUGUCAAGAUGUACAUCACCGAAGCUGAGCAAAAUAUGCACGAGCAGCAGCAGCAGCAGCAGCAACAGCAGCAGCAACAACAGCUGCAGGGCAACGGGGUCUCGCCACCGCACGAGCAUCAGCCGGUCCUUCCGCGCCACUCUUCGCCCAAGUACGCCUCGACCAACUCGAUACCGGCUCUGAUCGAGAAUCUGUCGCCGGUCGCCUCGAGCGCGGCCGAGUCGAAGAAAUCUGGGUCGCGCGUUCGCCACAACAGCGGCGUCCUCAGCGGUCUCAAGGCGCGCCGCGACUCCUUCCUCGAGAAAGCUCGCCGAUCGAGCAUAUUCUCGGACUCGUCGUCGCAGGACGACGACAGCGGCAUCUGCGGCAACAAGGAGAACACGACCAUCAACACGAGCAGCAGCAUCAUCUCCUCGGCCAACAACAGCAGCAUCAUCAUCAGCAGCAGCAUCAGCGUCAGUACCAAAAGCAGCGACAACAACAACAAAUCGCGACGCUCGAGCGAUGGACAGCAGCAGCAGCGCCGGGGAUCGGUAUUCUACGUGUCGCACGACUCGCUCCUACUGACCGAGGAGUCGGACGACAAGAUACUGGACGAGACGCCACCGUUGGCAGCGCUGAAGAAGGGCCGCAGAAAGUCCUGGCAUCCGAUUCUCGCGGUCGGCAAGUCCGAUCGCAAGCGCCGAAAGGAGGCCGUGCUGUCGGAGAGCCUGCCCGACAACGUGACCUCGGGUCGCGAGAAGCGCCCCUCCUGGUGGAACAUCUUCAUCCCGGACUCGGUCGGAAGGUCACGACGGAUGUCCCAAGAUGUAACGCAUACAAAGUCCACGGAAAAUCUCAGUAACUUGGGUUUCUUCAGGAGCAAGAGUCGUAGUGUAGAUCAUGGAUUCGCAGCGCCUUUCGAUUUGGAUUCGCUCCGCAACAAGGUCGAGGGCCGCUUCGAAUCUAUCGACAAACUUUCCAGAGAUUCGGACAACGAGAGCAAAGAUGGCUCGAGCUCGCAAGAGAAAAAGUCCGGUGGAAGACGCUCCCAACCCAUCAAUACAAUCGCAUAUACGGUCGGCGACAGAGACACACUGACAUCGGUGGCGGCGCGCUUCGACACGACGCCCUCGGAGCUGAGCAAGAUCAAUCGGCUCGGGGCCCCCUUCAUCUAUCCCGGCCAGAGGCUAUGGGUGCCGGCCAAGGGCGAGGGCGCCACAGCCGACGCACAAUCCGAAUCGACGAGCUCCGAGGCCACGCAGGACCAGGAGUCGCAGGACGACCAUCCGUCCGAGGAAAAAGAACUGCUUGACAACCUGAGGCCCGUCUCGCCGAAGCCUCUGGAACGCGUCAAAACACCAAGCUCCAGUGCCAUGGAGCAUGGACAUCAUUACAAAGAACGAUUUCUCAAAAUCACAGUCAGACACAUCACCGAUGGACAGGGUGUCGUCGGUGGUGUCCUGCUGGUCACUCCGAACGCCGUGAUGUUCGACCCGAACGUCUCGGACCCGUUGGUAAUCGAGCACGGGCCCGAGUCCUACGGCGUGAUCGCCCCCAUGGAGUUCAUCGUGAACGCGGCGAUCUACUACGACAUCGCCCACAUGCGAGUCGGCCACACGGAGGUCGGGCCGCCCGAGAAGAAGCCCGAGAUCUAUUACAUGAAGAAGCCAGUGCCGCCCACCCCGGCCCCGUCGCUCGAUCAGCAGCUGCAGUCGAAGUCGAACUCGUCGCCGGGCAAGGACGAAUCUUUCCCGGAAUUGACCGUCGACGAUGGCGAGAGCGUCUGUAGCUGUGCACCAGCCGAGAAGGAGGGCGGUGAAUCUAGUUCUAAAGAGCUCGUCGAGCCGGCCGAUCAGUCAGCUGACGAGUCUACGACCAAAGACAAAGAUGACGAAGAAAAGAAAGAUGAAGCUUCCAGCGAAGCGGCAAAGGAUGAGAUUGGCGGCGGCCAAUCGAGCAGGACUCUUGAAGAACGCAGGCGUUCCAUGCUCGAUCAUCACUGGGCAGUUCCGAGCAAAGAUAGAUGCUCCUUCUCCGUUGAUGACGAGCAGCAAGAUUCUCUCAACUCUGAAAAAGCCGACUCAUCGAAAUCCAAUGUCAUUAUACCAGAAGACGAGGAGAGUUCUCUAGUCAAGCAGUCGUGCCACGACUCGGGUAUCGACAUUCGCGAUCCCAACAUUGCACCAUUACCAGUUGUACAGCCAAUCGUAGCGAAAAAAGUUUACUCGGACGCCGACAUCGUUCUAUCCUCGGACUGGGUGCCGCCCGUUACCAUUGUACCAACCAAUACGACCAACACCCUCGAGCCCGACACCGAAGCGAACGGUAGGAAAAAGACCGGCUCCGUGUCGUUCAGCUUGGACAGUAGCAACGACGAGCACGCCAAGGACGACGAGCACAAAGACGAUGACAAGCAAGAGACGCGUAAAAACAAGAUGUUGAAACGACUCUCCUAUCCAUUGUCUUGGAUGGAAGGCUUGACUGGUGAAUCGAAGGACGAAGAAGGUGCCAAGCCACCGUCGUCCUCCGACAAAAUACCGAGUGUACCCAGCAGUGCUGAUAGCCAUCAUUCGUCAGUGUUUAGUAAAGUUUUCUCCAGCUCGCCGAUCAACUUGGUGAGUGACUUUAGUUCUGGCCUGUUCGCCAAAACGCCAAGUGAAGAGAGCGGCGGUCGAGCAGGAGGUACACCUCCAUUGACCGCCUCAUCUCUGUCACAGGACUCGAGUAAUCCUGUAUUUUCGCCUGGUUUUAUUGGACGCUCCUCGGUUGGAACGUUCAUCAGGCAGCAGCCACUCAACUCGUCAGGUAGUAGUAGCGUCGAUAGCGCAAAAGGCAACAAACCAGUCGCGGCAGCGCCUCGCCUUGACUAUCGGAGCAUGGUAUCAGUCGAGGAUAUGCCUGAAUUAUUUGUCAGUUUUGAUAAACUGAUUCCAAGGCCAGCUCGUUCCUGCGAGGAUCCACCACUGUAUCUGCGAUUGCGUACCGGCCGGCCUAAGGAUAAGAAAAUCCCCUGGUCCACGCCGAUCAUGAGCUACGGCAAGAAGAAAAUUCGUCCAGAGUACUGGUUCAGCAUACCGCGAAACAGGGUCGACGACUUGUACAGAUUCUUGAACCACUGGGUGCCAUGGCUCUAUGGCGAGCUCGACGAGGAGUACUGGGCCGGUCAGGGCUACAUACUGUCCAACACGGACACGGACCUGUCACCAGAGCUGCAGCAGCGCGACAUCGCCGGUGGGGAGUCUGGUGACUCGGCCGCUGACGAGGCCAAAGACGGCGAGAGCAAGACCGCCGAGAUAGCAGCGGAGCUCACGCGUGAAUCUUGGGAGCUAAUCAAGGCCCCGUACGUAAAGCUCUACACCAUCUUGAAGACCUCGAGCACGUCUGCCGACUCUGAGCUUCAGAUCCAGGAUCCCGAGGUACUGUCUAUGAGUGAGGAACUCAGAAGAGCACUUUACGCAAACAGUGCCAUCUCGCUGGACGCGGAGCUCGCGGUUCCAGAUCUCGUCGGCACGACCGAAAUUCUCAGCGAUGAGCACAGAGAACAGCUUUGCCGGCAUCUGCCCGCGCGAGCGGAGGGCUACCUCUGGACCCUCGUCUUCAGCACCAGUCAGCACGGCUUCAGUCUCAACAGUAUGUACAGAAAAAUGCAGAAGAUCGAGAGCCCCAUACUCUUGGUCAUCGAGGACACACAAGGAAACGUAUUCGGAGCGUUGACCUCGUGCUCGCUGCGAGUGAGCGACCAUUUCUACGGUACCGGCGAGUCACUCUUGUUCAGGUUCAGUCCGAGGUUCCAAGUCUUCAACUGGACCGGCGACAACGUAUACUUCAUCAAAGGCAACAACGAGAGCUUAGCCAUCGGCUCUGGAGACGGUAAAUUUGGCCUGUGGCUCGACGGCGAUCUGUACCAGGGUAGGACACAAUCGUGCAGCACAUACGGCAACGAGCCCUUGGCGCCGAGCGAAGAUUUCGUCGUCAAAACGCUAGAGUGUUGGGCGUUCAUAUAGGAUACACUACCAUUCCAGCAGUUGUCGCAAAGCGAAGCGACGACUGCUGGCUUUAGUUCAUCUGCUACGGUCGAAGCUAAACCGGCUUGAAGAAUCAACUGAUCAAACUGAUUUUCUUCUCGCUAAUAACACAAAAUUUACGUGUAGAUAUAUAUGGAUAAAUGCAUUAUAUCUCUCGAUGUGUCAUACUAAAGAGUAUAAACUACAAAAAAUUACACGGAUUAAAUAUACAUACUUACAGACACGUUGCAUGUAUAUGUAUGAUAUAUAUCUAUUACGAGGCGAAAUUUUGACUUCUGAGAUGCAGCGAAGAAGAUGUCAGGAAACAAGAGAAAACCCACCUACUUGAUGAUUAGCAAAAUCGAUGAUACGGCUACGAGACGCUCUAGAUAGUGACGAUAUUGAAAUAAAUCAGCGUGCUCAUGGUGCACUGUGUAAAAUGAAAAAAAACAUAAGAAUAUUAUUAUAUAAUAUAAAAUACACUCCGUAAAUUGCCAAUUGCCUCGUCGAGUUUGAGAAGGCAUCGUCGACACAGUUGUUUGGCAUGUCGACCACCGUUAAAAAAAGACUCGGACUCGCGUACAAACAAAUUAAAUAGAGAUUUUCAUAUACUUCAUUGAAUAUCGUCGUUGACGAUAUCUCUAAUACGUACCCGUAUUCUUCCUUCACAUUUUUUCGCAUUGGUAGGACCGAUGUUUUUUAUUUUGCAAAUCGUUUGCUUUUUGUUUUUAUUUUUUGUAAUUUAGACUAUAUUAAUUUUAUCAUUCUUACAACUACAAUUUAUGUUACAUUUUAUAUAUAAUACUUUUGUGUAUUACCGCGUUAAUUUACGAGAACUAUCAAAGUUAUUGUAAACGAUAUAUAGUGGAGCCGCGAAUGUGCCCUUUUGUGUAUAAAGUCACGUAUAUCAGGACAUGUAUGUGUGUCGGUGUGUAACCGCUGUUGAUUGAUGGUAAUUCUCGUUGCAAAAAGUUAUAUUUUAAUUGUGAAAAAGAAAAAAAAAUAGAUGAAAACGAGAGUACCACGAGAAAACAAUUAAUACACGCUUACGCUUGUGCAUUGUUGCUAUAAUAAGGUAGUUUGGCGAUCUUGAAACGACGAUUGUUUUAUACCUAAUGAUGAAAUUGCAAUGCGAUGUAUAUCAAGUUUAUAUAAAUGCGAAUAUCGAGUGCGAGGAAGAAAGGAUUGCGAAUACAAAUUGUACUGUUUACGAUAUUCGUGUUGGUGAUGAUGUUUGUUAUUAUAUUAUAUCGAGAGUGAGAAGAAAACCUUGUUGUUUUAAUGUUCAUGCCAUUUGCCAUGUAAAGACUCAAAUGUGAACAUUGCGUGUGAUUAAAAUAACUACUAUAAGAUAGAGAUGAAAAAUUCAUAUUUUUUGAACGACGACGUAAUGGGUAUUGUGAGAAGAGAACUGAAAACGGUGUAGAAAUGAAAAAAAGCGUAUUAAUGAAGAAUAUAUAACGUUUAACGUUUGAUAUAAUAUUGGCUUUGUUUCAAUGUGGCUUAUUACAACAAAAUAAUGAAACGGAAAUCAAGCAAAUGCAAAGAAUUAUACAAACUAUUUAAAACAAAAACGCUAAACUAACCGUUUGUUAAUGUGUAGAUAUGUAGAUAGUAAAUGUAAAUAUAUACAUAUAUUAUAAUGGUUUAAACCGUGUUAAAAAUGCAUACAAGAAAAAGUGGUCAUAAUUUCGAGUACUGCUUAGAAAAUUAUACUGAAAAAUAUAUAUAUGAACAAAAAGAGGAUUAUUACUCACGUCUAAACAUGCAUAUAUAUAUAUUCUAAGCCUACAUAGGAAAAGAAAGAAGACACAAGACACAGAAAUACACUCAUCAUGUUAACACGUUACGCAUUAUUGUUUAUUUGAUUAAUUACUCUUAUGAAGUAAUUUGCAAAAAUUCAUAAAUGCGUUAAAACGCAUUCGGAGGCUGUAUAUCAAGGAGGAUUCACGCGUUUGACCAGUGUUUAGGAUCUGAAAAAGAAAACCAAAUUAUCUUAUUUAUUAUUAUUAUAUUUAUUAUUAUUAGCAUUAUUAUUAGAAUUAUUAUUACUAUUAUCAUCAUUAUUAUCCUUAGUAUGUUAAUCUCAAAUGAGACGUUUAUUAUUAAUGAGAAUAUUAAAACAAAAAUAAAGAGAUUUUAUCGAUUAAGGAUUCUAAAUGAGAAAUUGGUCGUUACUAUUUAUUCACUCAACUUUUUUAACUAAAUAAAUAUAAAACUAACAAAUGAUGGUUCACUUGAAUUCGAGUUAUAAAGAUGCCAACUAUUUAAAAAAAAUGCAUUAAAAUAGUUGAUAAUCUGUUAAUUAAUAUUACGUUUCAUCGCAUGCGAUGUAAGCUAAUACGUAUAUACUGCGAAAAUAUAUACACGUAUACAUUUAUAAUCAAUACUGUCGUCACGCUGGACAUCCAAGGAAAAUUUUCAUGACCCGUUACAUUAAAAAUUUCGUGUUUAGAGACACUCAAAUUGACAAAAGGGGUCCACUUCACACACAGACAAUUUUAUUGUUAUACGUCUGAGUUAUCGGUAAAUCACUUGGAAUCAAAUUUUCCGCGAUGAAAAAAAAACAAACUAAUGACUAAGCCAAUUGUCAUGCUCACUUUAACAAAAAAAAGUCAAAAUAAAUCAUCACCAUUGCUCGUAUUUAUGGGAAAAUUUUUUGAGUAUAAAAAGCCUAAUGAGUAAAGUUGAUAUAAUAAUAUAUAUACAUUUAAAUGUAAGAGCAGCUCUGUCAAAUAUUUUUUCCUUUUUUUAAGAAAAAAAAGUUAACUAAAGAAACGGAUAAAAAAGCAUAUAUGUACGAAGCAGUAUAUGUGAUUCACAGAAAAUCCCACGAUCGCAAUCAUUGCGACUGCAACUAAUAUCAUUAAACAUAUCGUGAGCUAUGAACUAAUAAUGAGAAUAAUUCCUUCAUUUUUCUACGUGACAGCUCUCGAGACAAUUAAAAUGAUACAUGCAUUUUGCUAAACAAAACGUGGAGAGAGUGUCGGGCGAAAUUCAUUAUAAUUACGAUGUAGUAAAAUUUAGAAAAAAAGACGUUUGGUUAUUAUGCUUGUUAAUAAUAAUGAUAAAUCGUCUUUUUAGUAAAGCAGCGAAGAGAGGUAUCGUAGUGAUUAAUAAAUAAAAGUUAACUGUAAGAGUUGAUAAACACGAUUAGUACAUUUUAAAAAGUAGAUGGAAAAAUUCAUAAAUAAUAAACAUAAAAUAAAGUAGACGUGCUCUUGUGAUACCGUAUAUAAUAAUAAAUAUGUAUUAAUAAUACAAAAAUAACAAACGUGAAACUGUUCCCUGAUAAUGCUUUUAAUAAAUGAGCGCAGCUUCUUUUUUAACAUAGUGAAAAAUCAUUGAACUAUCAAUCAUUUAAGAUUAUUAUAUUAACUGCUUUGUUUAUGUGCAAUUUGUGCAAUAUUAUUGUACGAAAAAACUGUCGUAAUAUUUUCCAUGGAAUAUUGAAAAACAUAGAAGUGAGUUUUUUAGCAGUAUAAAUCGUAGUUCGCACACACUCGAAUCCACGCAAAUGCAGUAUUUGUACGUUAAUUUGCAAAACAAUGAAGAACAUGGUUACAAAUAAAACAAUUUGUUAUUGAUGAAAAAAAAAAAAAAAAAAAAAAAAAAAAUUAAAAAAAGAAAGAAAAAAAAAGAAAUUAUAUAUAUCGUGUUUACUGCCUCUAAAGCACUCGUAGUCUAAAUAGGUGAUGAACAAAGUAGCCGAGAAUGAAUCAUUGUGAAACGACUAUAACAAAAGAAAAAGCAACAACAAAUUUCUCAAUUUGAAAAAAGCACACAUACAACUACACGCGUACACUCACAUAAGAAUAAGCAAGGGCACACGAGUUACUUAAUAUAAACAAAUUAAAAUACUUGUAUAUCUACUAAUCGUCAAUAAUCAAUGGUUAAUGGGGAAUGAAAAUGAUACUUUUACGUUAGGAGGAAACUAACGUCUUAUCGAAACUAACCAGUCUACAAAACACAACUGAAAAUCACUUUUCAACAGAUCGUACAAUCGUAUUUCUAAGUACGCGGAAAAACAAGGUAAACGAUACCAGACGAAGUUUCAAUCCACGGGUAAAAAUGAUUGUUUUCUUUUUAAAUUGGUGAAACAAUACCAUUUUUAACUGCGAUUAUUUAAUAUGUAAUGAAAGGUAACUCAAACUGUUCGUUGUGUGUCGAAAUUCCUGUUUGGCCAAUUAAUCACGAGGUUGUUGCACGUAUGAAUGAAUAAAAAUCCUCGACCCCCUUAGUCUCAUAACAGAUGUACCUUGUGUAUAAGUAAGCAAAAAAAAACUUUUGUUAAAGGUUCGUGGCGAAAAACUUUUCUUAACAAAAAAAAUAACAAAAAACCAGGAUGCUUCAGAAAUUGACGAUACUUGUUCAUUUUGAGUGGAAUUUGAACUAGGAAAAAUGUGCGGCGUCUUGAGACAGACAUGCCGUAGAUCAAAUGUCGUAUUUUUCCCUUGAAAAACAUUCUUUAAACGUCCGGUUUAAUGAUAAGAUGAAACAACAGUUUUUCACUUAGCUGACUGAUUUUUUAAAGAUGUCGGUUAAUUUUCACGUAUCGACGAAGACAAUUAACUUAAAAAAACAUUGAUUCACCCUGACACGUCGCAUGUGCGAAUCAGUGACAUUUAUUUAACGAUUUAUAAUUCAAUUGAACUUUUUUUUAAAAGCAGACAAUUUUUCACCGCUGAGUAACUUGUCAAUUCUUCAAUUGUGUUGAGAGUGAUGAAAAAAAAAGAUAAAAAAAAAAAAAUAAAUAAAUACAUGUUGUAAUAAGGAAAAGAUUCGCGAGCUUUAGAGCCAAUUGUGAUCUUUCUUAUAAUAUACAUACUUUAAUAACGUAUAGUUUGUAUUUUGAAAAAUAAAAGAAAUUAGAUACAUACACACGAGCGUACACGGUUGUAAUGAAAAACGAUGGAAAAAAGGAGAAGAUGAAUAGGUGAACAAUUUUUUUCAAGCCAAAUAAUACUUAAGAUGAGAUCGAUUUACUACACACUCGCGUGAAAAAAAAAACAUUUAUAUUAUACAUGAAUAAUAUGUGGAGAACCUCUCGUACAUUGUCAAUUAGAUUCAGACUGACUGCAUGGGAUUGACACACGCGCAUUAAAUGAUGAGAACUUAAAAAAACGAAGAAACACUCUCGAUGUUGUUCGAUGUUUCUAUAAAACCAAAAAAACGACAACAACUUCUGUACUUAGUAUUCUUUGAAAAAAUGAAGCAAAAAAAAAAAAAA